AACACCCACUCUCACACACACACACACACAUUUCCAACUCUAGGGUUUCGAUCUGUGUGUUUGUUUUCCAUUUUGCAUUGAGUAAUGGCGGUGAUUCGACCUCUAUCGGUGGCAAUGGCGGUGAUGCUAGCGGUAUUGUUGAGCAUUGUUUCUCCAUGCGUUGAGGCCCAAUCAUUCGCACCUGCUCCUGCUCCUACUAGCGACGGGACUUCUAUUGACCAGGGCGUUGCUUAUGCGUUGAUGAUCGUGGCGUUACUUUUAACCUACCUCAUCCAUCCCUUGGACGCCUUUCCGUAUGGGCUAUUUUGAAUCUCCUUGUUAGUAGAUCAAGAGACGGGUUUGAUUAAUAUUACUUAGCGUUGAUGUAAUGAUAAUUUAGUAGUUGUUUCUUUAUCAUUGUUGCCCCUAACAAGUAUCAAUCUACCUACUUUGCCGUCAUCUAA